AUGUGGUUCUAUCAACCACGUUACAUCAACAGGAAGCAGAAACAUGACUCACCGUGGCUCAUCCAAUCUCACAUGCAUAUGGCACGCCAGUCUAGCGUGCAUGAAAAGCCAGUGCAGCAAUCUUCCGCGACUGGGUGGCAAAUCCCGCCACCUGUUUGGCAUUCACUGUCAGCACUGACAGUCAUGGACGUUAUCAAAGCAGCAGCAACGGCGAGGACGACUCGGAAGAAGAGACACAUUAUUUGUGAGAUGCAAUACAGGAUGGAUCUUGGGAAUAAAAUUGAAGGGGGACGGCAGAAGAACAGUGCUCCCGUAAAUGGGCAGCCUGGUUCCGGUCAUCCAAAAAUUGAGGAUCGAUGUUCGGACGUGGAGACCACGCCUCUCGGCUUAUAUUCGGGGGUACUAGAAGAGUCCCAGGACAGGCGACACAGUGAUCCGGCAGAAACUGAAUUGAGAACUUCAGGCGUCUCAUGGAUGCUGAGAAAAUUUCAGAGUCUUGUCAUGCAUCAGGGAACGCGAAACAUGAUACUGGCAGCCGAUGCUUUGGAGAUCAAAUCCCAAAAGAGAAACGGGUACAGAAGCACUAGACACGAUGUACCUGUUUAUGUCAGAGAUGUGUACGACAGCGAUGGUCUCAUCUCGCAGCUUUAUACCCCGUCCUAA